AUAAUGCUUGGAGUGGGACGACCGAAUGCGAAUGUCGCUUUUCCAGAUUUCUUUGCUUUGUCGACCGAUAUUUGGUGGAUCAGUGAACUGCAGAGAUUCCAUGACGAAGUUUUAGCAAUCCACAAUAAUAAAAAAGAGUUGUUUAAGCUUGAUUUUGAUGGUGUCUGGCUUGAUAUGAACGAGCCAACCAGCUACGGAACUAACGAACUGAAUCCGUGGUACUUCAACGAUCCGUCUCAUGCAAAAACCGUUCCUUUGCAAUGCCCAAGCUCCAAAUACGACAAACCUCCAUAUCAAACAUACAGUGUGUACGAUUACAUUCACACGAAUGCUAACGUGAGGCCUCGUUUCUGUUUGUAUAUCAGUGAAAAUAAAUUGUCUGAAGCGUUAUUAAACCUGACUGAGCAUAUGGAUGCUAUAUCUAGUUCACUUGCAUCAAAGACAUUGUGUAUGGCAGCGAUUUCGAGAGCCGGUCCAAUGUACGAUGUGAAGAAUCUUUAUGGGCUUCGUCAAAGUUACGUCACUCAAGUCGCACUUCAGAAUAUAACACAUAAGCGUGCUAAUGUAUUGACCAGAUCGUCUUUCCCGUCCGGAGGUAAGUAUGCUGGUCAUUGGCUUGGUGAAAAUUCAGCAACAUGGUAUGAUAUGCGAACGUCAAUUGUGAGUGUACAACUCUUCAAUAUGUUCGGUAUUCCGUACGUUGGUGCCGAUAUUUGUGGUUAUCACGGCAAUGCGACAGAAGAUCUGUGUGCUAGAUGGCAACAACUCGGAGCGUUCUAUACAUUAUCCAGGAACUAUAAUGAUGAGAUCUCGUCACCUCAUGAGACCUCUACGCCUCAAUACCCAACAGUUUGGUCAAAAAUCAGUAAUGUAACACGACAAGCGAAUCUAUUCAAAUAUCAACAUUUACCAUAUCUGUAUACGUUGAUGUUCGAAGCGUCAAGAAUUGGCGGUACUGUGAUUCGUCCACUUUUCUUCGAGUUUUCCAACGACAAAACAACGCACGGUAUCAGCAAUCAGUUCAUGUGGGGAUCGGCAAUGCUCAUUGUUCCUGUUUCGAGUGCGGUGAGAAUUGAAACGCUGAAUUUCAGAUUACGGGUUCACGAUGAACAGCGACUAUUCUCAAAUGGCAAGCAUCUAUGCGGAUCCAAAACCGAUCACCAAUUUCAGGAUCAGUCUGAAAUACAAGCAUAUCUCCCGUCAAGCGCUAUGUGGUACUCGAUGAGGGAAAAUAUCGAUUAUGCGCAAAAAGUAUCGGGCGGCUCUGUUCUGCUCAGUGCACCACAAGACGACCUCAUCCCAGUGUUUAUCAGGGAUGAAAAACAAGAAGCUCGCGGGCAAUUAGUAUGGGAUGAUGGCGAAAGCAUUAUCAACGGGUAUGACACAUAUUGUUACGAUGAUCUGCGCAUGUUCUUCAAACAUCGAGCAAUUCAAUUCUCAAGAGUGAAAAAAUGCACAUCAUUAACUGUGCCGAGCAUAACAACAAUCGAAGUCUUCGGUUACACCUCUCCAGUUCCCGAUGUCACCUCACUACGAAAACAACCAGGCAAUAUUCCACUGGAUAAUGCUGCCGUGAUUUAUGAUUCCCAAAAGCAACGCCUUCUCAUAACUGCCACUAAUAUCUAUGUGUUCUCAACUGACGAGAAUAUCAUUGUAGGAUGGGAUAACGGAACGUGA